CCAACAUCACAAGAGCCACUCUCCCCUCAUUGCCCAGUUACAACACCCCCCCCCCCGCCUCCCUCCCCUCUCCUCUCAGCUUUUCUCACAUACACUGGCACUUUCUUUGCUUUUCUGUCCACUCAGGUCCUCGAUGCAAUUCUUCCCUCCUUGCUAGGAGCGGUUUUCCUCGGCCGCGGCACCAACUUGAGCGAGAUCCACUGCAAGGUCAGACCCAGCCGAAGAUCCGCCCAGGGUGAGUCGUCAAACUCGUCACUGCCUCCGUGGUCCAAGUUACUACUUAUGCCCUAUUUGAACGAGCUUACUCCUCUGGUGGUGCUGGUGGUGGUCCGUCCACCAGGCGAUGCAGGCUCCGAAACGGAGUGGAGAGCAGGAGAACGUGUCGUUGUCCUUUCUUAUUCCUUUCCGCUUCUCUCGGAAGUGGCUACUGGGGGUGUGGAUGCGAGCAACCUUGAAAGCAAUGCCAUUGUUGCGUCGGUUCCAGCUAGCUCAAUCUGGAUCAAAACUGCGUAGUAUCUAUUGCAGGCGAUAAAGUAGAUGCCAGUCCUUUCUCCUAUCGACAAGUCAUGAGCAGAUUUCCCUGCCCCUUUCUGGUGGGCACGUUGUUAAUAUCUUCAUCAUGCCGCGGAGAUGUUCCGGCAGGUCAAGACAAAGUUUUCCGUGGUUCAGCUGGGGCGGAUUCCUUGUCCUGCUGUCGUACGAACUCGGGGGUCUUGCGUGGACACACCAGGUUCCCCUUCUACCCUCUUUUGACUCCUCUUUCUAUUGAAGGCGGUGGGUUUAUGAUUGAUUGAUUUAAUUGAACAUCGGUCUAAGUACCGUGGCAGGAAGUAAUCCGACAGUCAAGAGAAUU